UCAUCAGUAGAAAAUAUGGUGAAAAUUCGAAAAUUCACACACAAAAAUUGUAAAGUGAAUGAAAAUACAUGCUGCUGUUGUUGUUACAUUUGGAAUAGUUGUGUACAUCCAUUCUUCAACAAACUGAGGAAGAGGGAAGAACACAGCAACAGUGUUCACCCCGUGACUGAUGUGGUUUUGCAGACUACACCCACCGCCCAGAUCAACAACCACCAAAGCUCUCCUCCCCAGGCUCUUCAAACGGAUCUAACUUACCGAGGACAAAUUCUCUGGACGCAACCACCACCCCCUACCUCUCAGUUCCUGUACAACAACAACCAGGAUACACUUGUACAAAAUCUGCCAACGGAGCGUCCAGGUUUCGUCCGCGGUUUCCGGAAGAACCUUGGAGGCAAAUGGAGACGUCUCGUCAAAAGGAAGCCCCCUCAAGAAGUUUACACCAUUCCAGCAGAGUUGAAACCCCAACUCAAGCAGAUCUACGUUUAUUAACUUUACUCCGUCUAAUUGGCCAUCGAACACGGUCAAUGGACUUCGGGUCUGGCCUUCGGGGCGGCCUUCCUUAAUGAGACUGAUUUUCAAACUAUUAUUACUUCCGUCUUUCGUUAAAGAAGAUGGCAAUUUUAGUUCGCUUGUAAAUAUUUGACUCUAGGUUUUAAUAUUUACGCCAUGAUAUAUCACCUGAUUGUGAUUUUUAAAAACUAAACUAGGCGACUCCUUCCGAUUUAUCCGGAAGUUGCGUUGUUCUGAUAUUUUAUAUUUAGUUGAUUUUGAAAAACGCUUUCCUAGACAAAAUAAAUAAUUGAGUAAUUUCGUAAA